GAAGAUCAUCUCAGAAGUAGAUGAUGGCAACUCCUUUCUUAGCAUUGUCAAGAAAAUCACACAGGUGGAAGAAUGUAGGCACCUGGAACUCAAAGAUUGUAGCUAAUCAUUCAUUACCUUUUCUAGCAGCAAAUGAAAUUAACCACACAUUGUGUUUGAAAGAUUUGGGAGGGGAGGGAGGCAGCAUGGCUGUUUGAAUCUAUUUUGCAUUAGUGCAUUAAAAUAAUAGCCUCUUAUCCUUCAUAGGUCCAUCAAGAUCCAAGUCAUUGGAUGUAAGACCAGGGAUGCAAGACCAGUGUUGACCAACCUGUUCUGUACAUCUGUAUCAUGCAUGCGUGUAGUCCAUCAUUUCCUGUUUUCCACUUCGGAAAAAUCAUUCUUAAGGCCAAUGCUGUGGCUCGUGGUCCUCUGUCUAGUACCUUCAGCAUUUCUGAGUUCGAUCAACAUAACUCUCUUCACUCUGUGUCUUUUGGCAGAUACGGUUUCAUCUGAUGGAAUUGUGUACAUGGCAUUCCUUUUCGUCCCUAUUCCCAUUGGCUUUUUCUUCAAGAAAAGGGGCUUCAAGGUCAAGAAAUACGGAGCAGCUGCUGCGGGACUUGCACUCAUGCUGGCUGCUUGUGGCAUUCACACCCUUCACUCCCGGGUCACCAUCCUGGGGGCAAGGCUUAUCAUCAAAAUCCCACCAAGGUAUUCCCACCAUCUGACGUUAGGAUGGACCUUUUCCUACCUGUUCUUUUUCCACAAGUUUACCUCCUUCAAGUAUCCCCAGACAACACUUCUCACCAAGUGUGUGCAACUUUUGCUCACCCUUAAGAUGGUGAGCAUAGCCGAUGAGGUGCGAGAAUUCAUUCAGGCGAAGGAGCAGGAGGUGACAUCGUGCCCCAGGUCUCCAGAGAUUGGUGUGAUUCCCCAAAUGCCAGGACUGGUGGAGAUACUGUGCUACAGUUAUUGCUAUGUGGGGCUUAUGACAGUCCUAUUUUAUCGCUAUCGUACAUAUCAUGAUUGGUUGAACCAGCCUGAUCCUUCUGUUAUUCCUACAUGGAAGCCGCUGCGUUACAGAUUGAUAAUGAUCCCUAUCUUUGCAACUUCUUUUUUGGCUGGGUCCCACUUCUUCCCUCCUAAUUAUGUUCAAAGUGAUGCCUUCUAUGAGAGAGGACUUUGUUUUCGCCUUUUCUACGUGAUGCUCUACUCCUUUGUCUUCCGCAUACGCAACUACAUGACCUGGUAUGGCGCUGAGAGUGCCUGCAUUACUGCUGGCCUUGGUGCGUAUCCAACCAGGGCCAAUUCACGACCAGGCAGAGGACCCACUGUGGAAUAUGGAGCUCUAACCCCGAGAUCAGCUGACGGGGAAGCACCCAUUGUGGCCUAUGAUUAUGAGACAAUCAGAAAUAUUAAUCCGUAUGGUAUAGAAUUUUAUGUCAAGGUGAAAGACACCAUUCGUUGUUGGAACAUGACUGUCCAGUGGUGGUUGACAGAGUACACCUACAAAAAUGCGCCUUUCCGCUCCUAUCCCAUGAGGUGAGUCAAGUGAUACUGGAUUAAAAUAAAAGAACAAUUAGGGCGGGCAAGAGCUGGAAGUGAAGUUAUACCAUGAGGUGUGAUA